CGAGACUUCCCUGCUUUUGCAUUGAGCGCCCGGAGGAAGUCCUUCCAUAUUUCUCGCGAUAUCCUGAAGACUCGCAAGGCGUUUGUUGCGGCUUGACUUAGCCUUCUUGAAUUGACUAUGGAGAGGGAGAUAACGGAAGCGAAGACUGGAGCCGGGGCAUUGUGAUGGUGAUUUGCGCGAGUCUGUUGAGGUUUAGUCAGACCCCGUGAAGAAAGUGAGCGUCAAUCAUCUCCUCCAAGUUUUAACCGCUAAGGAUGGAGACGAAACGGAAAGAAACACGCAAGUCUUUGAGGAUCAAAGUGAUCUCCAUGGGUAACGCUGAGGUUGGCAAGAGUUGCGUUAUCAAGCGAUACUGUGAGAAGAGAUUUGUGCCCAAAUAUCUUGCAACAAUUGGCAUUGAUUAUGGUGUUACCAAAGUGCAAAUUAGAGACCGAGAAAUCAAAGUGAAUAUCUUUGACAUGGCUGGACACUCCUUCUUUUACGAGGUUCGCAAUGAAUUUUACAAAGACACUCAGGGUGUAAUCCUAGUGUAUGACGUUGGGCAAAAGGACUCCUUUAAUGCUCUUGACCUUUGGCUUGCUGAAAUGAAACAAGAACUUGGACCACAUGGAAACAUGGAAAACAUUGUUUUUGUGGUUUGUGCCAAUAAGAUUGAUUGUGGCAAGUUGCGCUGUGUGGAUGAAAGUGAAGGGCGACUGUGGGCAGAAAGCAGAGGCUUUCUUUAUUUUGAAACUUCUGCACAGACUGGAGAAGGGAUUAAUGAAAUGUUCCAGACUUUCUACUCGGCUAUUGUUGAUUUAUGUGAUAAUGGUGGAAAGCGCCCCAUAACCAGCGCAAGCAACAGUUUCACUAAGGAGCAAGUAGACACCAUCCGGAGGAUUCGCAACAGCAAGGAUAGCUGGGAUAUGUUGGGUGUCAAACCGGGAACUACAAGGGAUGAAGUAAACAAGGCCUAUCGAAAGUUGGCAGUGCUCCUCCACCCAGAUAAGUGUAUGGCUCCAGGUAGUGAAGACGCCUUCAAGGCUGUGGUGAAUGCACGGACUGCCUUGCUCAAAAAUAUCAAGUAAAACACAAGAAGAUGCGGCUUUCACCAUAGCAAGUGAUAUGCCUAUUCUGAGAGAGGCAUCAAGGACUGCCUCCUGCAAAAGACAAAGGAAGCAAGUCACAGGAAAUUCCUAAAAGCAAUUUUUCUUCACCAUUUACUCUCAAAGCAGUUCUCUGUUCUACUAUGAAUAGGUCAAUAUAGGAGACUUCUCUGAGGUGGACUUCCAAAUCCAUCUGAAUGUCUCAGGAACAGUAACAACAGUAAUAUCCUGUCCUUUCUUUUCCUCUGCAGAAAAGUUGACCGUGGACUGAGAUGACUCUAAAAUAUGUUACUCCUAUUUAAAUCACUUAUUUCAAUAUUGUGCAUUAUUUUCCUCAAAACCAAUGCUGAUAUUCAGCCUCUAAUUAAGCACUUCGUUGUUCCUCUUUGUCCUACACUGGAAAUUAUUUUAUCCACUCAUAUUCUUUGAACCACUUCAUUAAGUUUAAGUUGGUUAAGGCAUUCCUGCUUUUUCAAAUAAAAAUGGGAAAAAUAAUAGCAUAAUAGCCGAGGUCAAAGCACUAGUAGCCACUGGGAGUAUUGAUGGGACAGGUAGUACUUCCUACAAAAUGAGUUAGAUAGUAAGUUGAUUUGCUCAUUAUUUGAGUCAUGUUGUUCUAGGAGUGUUUGUCUAUACUUUGAACCUCCCGGACCUAG